GGUGGCGGGGCGGGGGCAGGUCUCCCCUUGGCCGGCCUAGGAGCUCAGUCGGGUCCCUGCAGCAUGGAGGGGCUUUGCCGUGGCCCGCUCGGCCCCGCCGCUACCCGGCCCCUGCCCUGAGCCUGCCAACAUGCCGCGCGGGGGCGGCCUCCUGCCCCCCAUGGCGCCCUAGGGCGCCCAGAUCCGUGCAGCGCCGGGCAGCCGGGCCAGGCAUGUUCAGCCAGGAGGGGCUGCCCGCCCCCGCCUUCAGCCUGGGGCCCGGGGGCCUGCAGGAGGCGAGCGGCCCGUUCGGCAAAGGCAGCUACAGCGUCGCCCCCCAGCCGCCCUUCUUCCCCUUCCCGGCGGUGAAAGCGGAGUACGAGCCCCCCGAGCUGCCGGCGGGGGAGCCCGGCCAGGCCAAGGCCUGGUGCCCUUUCCCGGGCCCGGAGCCGGGCAUGGCCGGGGGGCCCCCGGGCCCCCAGCUCCUGGAGAGCGGGCAGGCCCCGAAGGAAGAGCCCGGCCAGGAGAGGGGGCGCAGAGAAGGGUCCCCGGAAGCCAAAUGCGCCCUCCUGCCCGCGGGCGCCUACUACGCCCAGCCCUGGAACAGCCCUUUCUGGCCCGCCCUGGCUGGGCACAGCGCGGCGGCCCGCGGGCCCCUCCCCGGCCAGACCUGCCCCGGGGCCGGGCUGUGCCCCGGGGCCCGUCACCUCUACCCCAGCGACCCGCACCAGCCCCCCAGCGGCCUGGGCAGCAGCGGCAGCUCCAGCGGGGCGGCGAGCGAGGGCGGCCACUCCAGCGAGAGCGGGGACGAGGACACCACUCCCACCUCGGAGGAACUGGAGCAGUUUGCCAAAGACCUCAAGCACAAGCGCAUCACCCUGGGGUUCACCCAGGCUGACGUGGGGAUGGCUCUGGGGACUCUGUAUGGGAAGAUGUUUAGCCAGACGACAAUCUGCCGCUUCGAAGCCCUGCAGCUGAGCUUCAAGAACAUGUGCAAGCUGAAGCCGCUGCUGCAGCGCUGGCUCAACGAGGUGGAGAACAGCGACAGCCUGCAAGAGCUGUGCAAUGCAGAGCAAGUGCUGGCCCAGGCCCGGAAGAGGAAGCGCAGGACCAGCAUCGAGAACAACGUCAAGGGCACGCUAGAGAGCUUCUUCCGCAAGUGCGUGAAGCCGAGCCCCCAGCAGAUCUCGCAGAUCGCCGAGGAUCUCAACCUGGACAAAGACGUGGUGCGAGUCUGGUUCUGCAACCGGCGUCAAAAGGGCAAGCGGCUGCUGCUGCCCUUCGGCGAUGAGAACGAGGGAGCCACGUACGACAUGAACCUGGCCCUGGCACACCCAGCCCUGCCCGCCGCAGUGAGCUCCCAAGCCUAUGCCCCGGCCCCCCUGGCCUCGCCCGCUCCCAUCUACAUGCCGGCUUUCCACAAGGGCGAGAUCUUCCCUCAAGCUUUGCAGCCAGCGGUCUCCAUGGGGACCAGUGGCAACUGAAUCUGGAGGCCGGGGGCUCCCUGGGAGCUGGACGGAGGUGGCUCCUUGGCGGUGCUGCUUGGCCGGCUCCCCGGAGAGAAAAGCGCCCCAGAGAUCCUGCAGCUGCUCCCCAGACGCCUGACUCGGGGGGGGUUGGGGGGGAGUGUUCACUGUUUAUUUGCUUUUUGGUGUGAGGGGGAGGGGCAGCAAACCAGGCAGAGGGAGCGGCUCACCCUGCGCUCUGCAGUGAGUCCCCGUCCUUCCCACCCAUCUGAAUCGCUCCUGCUGCGAGGAGCCUGCUCCCCCCUCCUCGAGUUGAUCUACCUAUCCUGCCCCUCCCCCCGGGGGCGGGGCCUCGUCACUCAUUUGCAAACGAUGUUUUAUCUAUUGUUAGUUUGGAGAAGGAAAAAAAAAAAAAGCCCUUUUUAGCCAUUUCUAGUUUUUAAAUGA